GUGGCCGGCGGCUCCGGGCUCGGGGCUCGGGGCUCGGGGCUCCUGCGAAGCGCUCGCUGUGUCGGCUCCGCGCUCCAGGAGCUGCUAGCGCCCGGCGGCCCCCGGCAGCGCGCGGUGGACGCGGCCCGUGCUCCCUCCAGCUGUUUUCACUCAUUAACUCCUGAGGUAAACAGAUUGAAAAGAUGAGCGAGCUGGAACAGUUGAGACAAGAAGCAGAACAACUGCGGAAUCAAAUUCAGGAUGCUCGGAAAGCAUGUAAUGAUGCAACGCUUGUUCAGAUUACAUCAAAUAUGGACUCCGUGGGUCGAAUACAAAUGCGAACAAGACGUACACUGAGGGGCCACCUAGCUAAAAUCUAUGCUAUGCAUUGGGGAUACGAUUCCAGGCUGCUAGUCAGUGCUUCCCAAGAUGGAAAAUUAAUUAUUUGGGAUAGCUAUACAACAAAUAAGAUGCAUGCUAUUCCUUUGAGGUCCUCCUGGGUGAUGACCUGUGCUUAUGCUCCUUCUGGUAAUUUUGUUGCCUGUGGAGGCUUGGACAACAUCUGCUCUAUAUAUAACCUAAAGACCAGAGAGGGAAAUGUGCGAGUGAGCCGAGAGUUGCCAGGCCACACAGGGUACUUGUCCUGCUGUCGUUUUUUAGAUGACAGCCAAAUUGUUACAAGUUCAGGAGAUACAACUUGUGCUUUAUGGGACAUCGAAACUGCCCAGCAGACCACCACAUUCACUGGGCAUUCUGGAGAUGUAAUGAGUCUUUCCCUGAGUCCUGACAUGAGGACUUUUGUUUCUGGUGCUUGUGAUGCCUCUUCAAAAUUAUGGGAUAUUCGAGAUGGAAUGUGUAGACAGUCUUUCACAGGACAUGUCUCAGAUAUUAAUGCUGUCAGUUUUUUCCCAAAUGGAUAUGCCUUCGCCACUGGCUCUGAUGAUGCCACUUGUCGGCUCUUUGACCUUCGUGCAGACCAAGAGUUAUUACUGUAUUCUCAUGACAAUAUCAUCUGUGGAAUCACUUCCGUAGCCUUCUCAAAAAGUGGGCGUCUCUUUUUGGCCGGUUAUGAUGACUUUAAUUGUAAUGUAUGGGACACACUAAAAGGAGAUCGUGCAGGUGUCCUUGCUGGUCAUGACAACCGUGUGAGCUGCUUAGGUGUAACUGAUGAUGGCAUGGCUGUGGCAACAGGCUCCUGGGACAGUUUUCUUAGAAUCUGGAAUUAACAGUGUCAUACAUAUUCUUUGUUCUCCACCCUUACAUCUGGAGAAAUCAGUGCUACAGCCUAUAGCUGUGAAAAAAUUCUACCUUAUAUUUGCAGGUGAAGAUUUUUCUAUUAGAUUAUAUACAAAAACAAGCUUUCAGUAAAGUACCAAAAAAAAAAAGGUGGGGGGGGAGGCAGAGGUGUCUUCUGAGAUCAAAAGGACCAGUGUAUUAAUUUGAGGAGUUAAUUUAACCUUGAAUUGUUGUGUGUACUCAGAGUCUAUUUUCUUUGUGUAGGACAGAAUGUACACAUUAUAGCGGCUCACCAUUGUGUUUGCAUUUUUUAAGAAGUACAUUUUUAGCUUUGUAGACACCAGAAGUGUCACAUUAUUGAGCUUUAUAAUAGAAGAAACAGGCACAGAAAUAGAAAUGCUACUGUAUGUGUAUUUAUGCCUGAAUAAAGUCCCCUUGAAUUCUUGAAUUCAGAUCUCUCUCUGAAUCUAAGAGGUCCUGAUGGCUUCAUGUUUAAGAGCACUGAUGGGUGGGGCACCUCUGAGGGGGUCCUUCAUUUCUCAUGCAUCUUCUGCCAUACUGUUCAUCUAAGGAGCUAGCGUUUCUCACGCAUCCUCUGCUGUACCGUUAAUCUAAGGAGGAGAUUGUUUUCAGUCCUCUGAGGGGACAGAUAAUCUGAAGAUUUCACUGAUAUUUUAGAUAUACCUAAGAAACUUCAUUAGCAUUUAUUAAUUAAAAAAUAAUAAUAGUAUAUAAAUGGUUCUUGACAUUGUAAAUGCCUGAUUAUGAUCAGUUGACACUUUGAGUAGCCCUCUUCUAAAUAGCUUGACUUUCCUAUUCAUUUCAUAUUCUGGAGCUAAGUUUGUAGUGUCUGCUCAUCUUUAAGGAGUUGGAUAAACAUUGGGAUUGUCCUUGCAUCUGAACAUCCUUCCCAGUGCUAUCUGUAUACAUCUAGAUAAGAAAUGCAAUGUGAGUGUUACAUUUGGAGAGAAGUGUAAAAUCUAACCAAUCGCUAGCACAUAUUUGUUGUAACAUGGUGGUUUAUUUCAUGUUUGCAUAAUAUAAAAUCUGAAUUGACGUGAAAUCUGUGCCUUUAAAUUUCUUAAAAUGAAACCUUUAAGCUUUUUGUUCUAUUUUAUAGUAUUUCUUCCCUUCCUUAGCACAAAAUACUGGUUUCUAAGUGGUUUUGCUUCAAAAGAUGUCUAGAUCUAAGUGAUUUCACUUAAAGCCGUCCUAAAGCAGUUCCUAAAGGAGUUAGAGAAAUAUAUUAAUUCUUCUGUGGUAGAAUAAUGUGUCUAUUACUAAAUGUCUGCUACCACCAAGUUAAAUAUACUUUUCCUCUUAGAUUUUCUUUUACAAAUAAAUCAAAUUGAUAAUAGAAGAUUGUUAGUCUUGCUUGAUGGUAAAAUCUUGGAUUAUUCUGAUAUAGAAGUGCUUGUUUUCUAACUUUGUUACUUUUCAGAUAGGUCUUCGUUAGCUUUUGAACAUGUGAAACCUUAACCUAAAAAUACUCCCAAAUUUUACCUGUAAAUUUUUAUUUUUAUAUUGUGAAUGUGAGAAUAUGUGCAUCAACUGUAAAGACAUCGGUAUCAGUUUUGUUUGUUAAAAUCAGCUGACAGGAGGAUAAUAAAAAUGGAUACAGGCAAACUAAGAUAUAGGACCAAAAAAAUAGAAUAUUGUAGAUGGCAGUUAUGAAUGUAUACUUAUAUUUUGGUUAAGAUUUCUAUUAACUUUUUAAAGGGUGGGUGCAGUGGCUCACACCUGUAAUCCGAACUUUGGGAAGCUGAGGUAGGCGGAUCACUUGAGGUCAGGAGUUCGAGACCAGCCUGGGCAACAGAGCAAGACUCUGUCUCCAGAAAUUAAAAAAAAGUUUAUGAAGAGUUUAAAGCAAUUCCCGUAAUUAUUCACUCAGCAACUAAAAACUACUACUUAACACUUGUGGCUAAUUAUACACAGUAACAAAUGGUGACAAAGUAGCCUCACUACCACAGUUACCUUCCUGGUUAUACCUUAGCUUUUAAUAAGAGGGGCUCCACUUGCUAAAUAUAUUUGUUUACUUGCAGUUUAAGUUGUAUUGAUUAAUUCUGUUAUUGUUCCUGAAUUCAAUGAGUAUAUAAUUUGCAGAAAUGUCGAAUAGUUUGGAUCUUAGUUUUUCAAGGCUGAAAAAUCCGGCUGGAUUUAGUUUUUAAAAUUUUGCAUCAUCAAGAAUAUUGCAGGCCAGGAGCAGUGGUUCAUGCCUGUAAUUUUAGCACUUUGGGAGGCCGACACAGAUGGAUCACCUGAGGUCAGGAGUUCAAGCCCAGCCUGGCCAACAUGGUGAAACCCCGUCUCUACUAAAAUUACAAAAAAAAUUGGCUGGGCAUGGUGGCACGUGCCUGUCAUCCCAGCUGCUUGGGAGGCUGAGGAAGGAGAAUCUUGCUUCAGCCUGGGAGAUGGAGGUUGCAGUGAGUCAAGAUCAUGCCACUGCACUCCAGCCUGUGCGACAGGAGACUCCAUCUCAGAAAAAGAAUAUUGGAGUUAAUGUUUCUUAUUCUUUCUUUUUUUAAAGAGUCUCACUCUGCCCAGGCUGGAGUACAGUGGCGCGAUAUUGUCCACUGCAACCUCUGCCUCCUGGGUUCAAGCGAUUCUUGUGCCUCAGCCUCCCAAGUAGCUGGGACUAUAGGCAUGUGCCACCAUGCCUGGCAAAUUUUUGUACUUUUAGUAGACACAGGAUUUUGCCAUCUCGGCCAGGCUGAUCUUGUACUCCUGGCCUCAAGUGGUCCACAAGCAUCAGCCUCCUGAAGUGCUAACAUUUAAACAUAAUGUGCCUCAGAAGGUUAAUCUGUUGACUCUGUAGCAUGUCAAGAAGAGUAGUUUUUUGAGAUCUGGCAAGAAUAUUUUAGAAGUACAUGUUCUUUUUUAAAUGUGUGAUCACCCUCUGGUGUUUAGCAUAUUGUCCCAAAAACCUGCUUAAGAAAGCAGUUCUUGCUAUCAGCAAGGAUAUCUCUUCCACUUUAAUGGACAGCCUCAUUUUUGACAGCUAUGCUGUUUGAGAUUUAGACUGAAUAUCCAAGGUCCUUCCCUAGCUCAAAUUUCUACUUGUGAUUACACAUACCACACUGAAUUCCAUCUUCAGAGGCAAAGAUUUUGGGCUUCAUAUCUCAACAGCAAAUGGGCCUGUUCAGCAAUUCCCUGCAUUUUAGACUGAGAUGACCUCAGAAAUUGCACAAUGAUUCUAGUCUCCUGGAAAUUAAAUAGAGGUAGGUGCUUCUAGAAUAUGUUACAGAUCUCAAGCUUAACCUAUUAAUAGAUAAAUGGAUCUUGACUUAAGGGGAAAAAAUGAAACUUUUAUUAUUGUUUAAAACUGCUGUGCUAAUGUGUAACUGAGCUCCUCCAAUGUUUGAUAUUUUAGAUUUUACAAUAAGAUCUUAAGCAUUUUAAAUGUGAACAUGUUCAGGAAAAUCUGCUUUGAUGUAAAUGUCUCAGAUCUAAAUUGUAACACAACUGAAUACUUGUGGCUUAUUCUUGGUUUAACGUAGGAAAACUGGUUCAACAAUCCCCCAUUUGGGUUUGCCAUCAUUUCAAUAGGGAAGAUGUCCUUUCUAAAAUCUUUGUGGAGUCUGAGUCAGGCUUAAUUUUUUUAAAUUAAAUAUGUUCAAAUUCUUUUAUGCCAUUGUGAAAAAGCAAAAUUUUAAAUGAUUUCUCCUGUUAGAAUUUAAAAAAACAGCCACAGGUUAGACCAUCUUUCUUACGGGUUGCACAAUGAAUUUAUGUUUUAAAUUAGACUACUAGAAUGUGAACGUGAAGUACAUUUAACAUUUACUUUUCUUUCCAUUGUUCAUUUUGGGUUGCCUCAGAUUCAGUGUAUAUUUUAAAAUAUUGGUUACAUAAUAGGUACUCAAUAAAAUGGUUUAUAGUAGAAUAAGCUAGCACUUUAAAAAGUAACUUACUAAUCACACAUUGGAGGUACACCUUGUAUUUAGCAAAUAUUUGCAUGUUGAUAAAGUCUCAUUUUUUUUUCCUCAAUCCAGUUACUGAUUUCGUAAAAUAGUUAUGAUAAAGCAGCAUUAUGGGGGGGAAAAUGUUUUGCUCCAACUGGUGUUAAAUGUAUUCAACAAAAUCUUAUUUCUUAAUAGAACUUCAGUGAUACACUUGGUAGAUAUCUCAAGCCUUUUGUCUUUGACACAAUGGUGCUCUAUCCUAUUGUUUUCUUUUCAAAGAAGGAUCUGAUCACUUACUUUUCUAUUUUCCUAUCCAAAGGCAUCCACAUCUAAGUGUGUUUUUAAAGUUGAUUAAAAUUAUUUUCCUGUUAAAGCAUUCUGAAAAUGUUUUUCUUUACCUAGAAUGAUUUGUAUACACUUGUAGUCAAUUGAACAUGAAUGUCAGUAGUAGUCUAAUUGUGGAAAGGGUAAACAUGUUAGAUUACUAUGGACUUGUAUCAUGAUUUAACUGUUCUUAGCUCUUUCUUACACAGUGAAUCAUUCCUCUAUUUGUACAGUAGCUUUACAAAAUAUUGUGAAUUGAUGUUGUAAUCAAUAAAAUGCUUUUAACCAGA